AUGAGUAUUGAGGAGAUGAACGAACUUGCACCAAAAAAGGAGGUCAUGUUUUGGAAUGCUCACGAGAUUCGCCAGAUUGAAGGGUUCUGGUUCUAUGCUUACCUCAUGGAAUCCGUAGCAGCCUUCAGAUCGGACUUCCAGCCGAAAAGCGACGACAUUCUCGUCACGUCCUUCCCCAAAACGGGGACGACAUGGCUCGUGGCUCUCUGUCACAACAUCCUUCAUCGCGAUGAUAGAGUCGAAGACGACGUCCUGACGAGGAUGAACCCGCACGAGCUCGUUCCGACGCUCGACGUGUUCUUCCUCACGGACCAAGUCCAAGAUCUCGUGCUCAAUUCGGACCGAUCCAACCGAUUGCUCCAGACUCACUUGCCUUAUACUUGCCUUCCGGAGGCCGUGAGGAACUCCGGGUGCAAGAUUGUCCACGUGACUCGGAACCCGAAGGACACUCUGGUGUCCAUGUGGCAUUUCUUCAACAAAAUCGUCAAGCGGGACCGGGAUACCGACCCGUUCCCGUUGGAGGGGGCGGUGGAGAGCUUCUGCAACGGGGUUCUUCCCUGGGGGCCUUUUUACGAGCACGUGGUGGGCUAUUGGGAGGAGAGCAGGAAGAGGCCGGACGAGGUGUUGUUUCUCACGUACGAGGACCUGUGCAGAGACCCCAAAGAAGAAGUGAGGAAGCUGGCUUCAUUUCUGGGGAAGCCGUUUUCCUCGACAUCAUCAGUGAAUGGAGAUGAUGAUGAUGAUGAGGUGGAGAAGGUGUUAUGGCGUAGCAGUUUGGGUAGGCUCAAAGAGUUGGAGGUGAACAAGAAUGUUGUUUCGGAACUGACCCAGAUAUCCAAUAGUUCCUAUUUUAGGAAAGGUACUGUGGGGGAUUGGAAGAACUACUUGACUCCCCAGAUGGCCGGACGGGUCGACCAACUCACGCAGCUCAAGUUGCAGGGAACGGGACUUUCUCUUGAUGACUUUUAA